CUCCCGGGCGCAUGCUCAGAAAGAGGGGCAUCUCUUCUGCCCCCCUCUGCUCCUUCAUGUGGCACAUUUGAAUCCGAGGUUGGGAGGAAAUGGGAGCGAGACUUGAAACGCGAGAAUCCGCAGCUCCAUCCCUAUAACCUGCAGAGCUCUCAAGGAGCCACGGAGCCUGGCCGGUUGAGGUUGGAAGGCGCGGAGGCUUCAGUCAAUGCAAGUUGCUUGUCUUUGGGGAGCGCUCUCUACAAUCAUUUGAAAAAAAAAAUGGAGAAAUGGGAAAAGCAAAUACCCAUUUCUGGACAGCAAGAUAUUGCCCUCUUUAAUCUAUGAUAUUAGAACAGUUUUUGACGCCGGAUCAAUCUUUAUUGUUUCAAGGAAGAAAGAUCUUUCCCCUAGCUGAAGAAAAAUGGACACAUCACCCUCCAAGCAACAGUAUGGCCCAAAGAAAAGAGUUAAGAUUCAUCCCAACACGGUAACAGUGAAAUAUACCACCCAUUACCCGCAGCCUGGCGAUGAAGGGUACGACGACGCACCUUCUUUUGAGGAUUUUGGGAAUUUCGUUGACGAUAACCCGAACAAGAAACUGCUGAGCGACAGCAAGAGGCAGGGAAGAACUUUCUUUGGCACGAUGGAUGCGCGCCCCAAGCUUUCCACCGAGCCGAGGGACAAUGGGGUGAGCGAGCAGCUGCAGAGCUUUGCAGAUUCCUCUGUGUUCACCUCCAGGGUGACGUGGGCAGCCCUGUUUGGCGCGGCUUUGGCUCAUGGGUGUGUGGCACUGAUCACCCGAUUGGCAGCCGACCGAUCCAAAGUGCCCUCCCUGGAACUGCUCUUCAUCCGCUCUGUGAUCCAAGUGCUGUCUGUGGUUGUAGUCUGCUACUACCAGGAAGCUCCGUUCGGGCCUAAAGGAUACAGGUUGCGCCUCUUCUUCUAUGGAGUGUGCAACGUCAUCUCCAUCACCUGUGCUUACACCUCCUUUGCGAUCGUGCCCCCGAGCAAUGGGACCAUCAUGUGGAGAGCCACCACCACAGUCUUCAGCGCCGUUUUGGCAUUCCUCCUCAUCGACGAGAGAAUGGCCUACACCGAUAUUGUGACAGUGGUGAGCAGCGUGUUCGGGCUGUGCUUGGUCAUGAUCCCCAACAUUGUUGAUGAAGACAAGUCCCUUCUCGGGUUCUGGAAGGAAGCCUUUGGCUACACCAUGACCGUGAUGGCAGGCUUAACCGCAGCCCUCUCAAUGAUUGUUUACAGAGCCAUCAAGGAAAAAGUCAGCAUGUGGACUGCCCUCUUCACUUUUGGCUGGACAGGUACGGUUUGGGGAGCCUCCACUAUGUUCAUCCUGCAAGAGCCAAUCAUUCCAUUGGAUGGUGAAACCUGGGGCUAUCUGAUCGGCAUCUGCAUUUGCUCCACAGUCGCUUUCUUAGGGGUUUAUUAUGCUUUAAAUAAAUUCCAUCCCGCACUGGUCAGCACAGUCCAGCACCUAGAAAUCGUGGUAGCCAUGAUCCUCCAGCUUCUAGUAUUACGUAUGAUCCCAUCUGUUUAUGAUGUAAUUGGUGGCUUGAUCAUUAUUGUCAGUGUUUUUGUUCUCACGGGAGUUAAGCUAUAUUGGGCGGGAAGGGGAAGAAGACAGGAUUAUCAAGAGAUACUUGACUCGCCAAUUAAAUGAGUGUUAAUAUUUAGUGUAAUAUGUAGUAAGUCCCCGAUGUGCAAUUGAACAGUCUUAUGAAUGUUUGAAUCAAGAUAUAUUUAUUUUGUAUUGUGCUGUUGAAAGAGUGCCAAUUGUGUAAUGUCUUUGUUAAGCUAUAAUAUGUGAAAUAAAAGUGGACAGCAAUGGUU